GAGAAAACAGCUCCUUACCUUGCGUUACGUUGAGGGGGCGGGUGUUAGUUUGCCGGAACACUUGUUGCAAUUCGAUAGGCUGAUUCGCGAGUUGAAAGAAAGUGGUGCAGCAGUAGAAGACUCGGAUGCGAUUUGUCACUUGUUGUUGACCCUCCCGUCGUCGUUCGAUUCGGUGGUGACCGCGAUUGAGACGCUUCCUGGUGGUGUUACGAUGGCUUUCGUAAAGAAGCGGUUACUCGAUGUAGACUUAAAAAGAAGAAAUCUUGUGGAGAAUGAUGGCGAUGGUGACGGCGUUGCCAUGGUGAGCAGGCACACCAGGAGGAAGAUUACGUGUUUUCGGUGUGGCAAAUUCGGGCACAAGCGUGCCGAUUGUCGUGUGCGGCUGUUAGCGGAUCCCGAUCCGAGUGAGCAUAGGCAGAGAAGAUUUAGAAACAGUGAAGCGAAUGUAGCAGAUGAAGAAGACCGUUGCUCGGAUCGUGCGGAUGUUGUGUUUUUCGCGACGAAGGAAGAAGAAGAGCUGGGGAAUGCGGAGUGGAUCCUGGAUUCCGUAGCGACGAACCACAUGGCGAAGGAUUCCAGUGUAUUCAGUGUGAUGCGAAGGCUGGAACGACCCGUGGAUGUGCUAGUAGCGAACGGCGAAAAGAUGAAAGCAGAUUAUUGUGGUGAUGUGGUCCUGUACGCGACAGUAGGAAAUAAGAAGAAGAAAUGUGAAGUUCGGAAUGUGUUGUACCUCCCCGGAUUGAACUGUAACAUACUGUCAGUGAACCGAGUGACAAGAGCGGGAUUGGAGGUUACGUUCGUCGGCGACAGGACACACAUAGUGAGAAACGGGACGACGAUGGCCGUUGGACAGCACAAUGGAAAACAGUAUGUGUUGGAUGUUUUGUGCAAGUGCGAGAAAGAUAAGGAGGUUGCAGCCAUGCUGGCCAGUACGAGUGCAUCGUAA